AUGUCGAUUUUCAUGUACAAUAAUAACAUGCCUUAUGAAAUCCUUGCGGUGUGUGGUAACCUAUGUUAUCUGACCAUCACACCCACGGGACCCGUAUCGGUUGAAGCUCUUGUGGGCACCAAUGUGACGCUCGGUGUGUCCCACGCUGGUGUCUCUCGGCCCGAGGUCAUGUGGUUUAUGGGAGACCGGCUGAUCGCCAGAUGGACCGUUGGUGACGGCUCACUUUCAGGUGUUGCUUUAGACAUUUUAAAGCCAGAACCGGACGGAUCCCUCACCUUCAGAAAUAUGUCCCUUAGUUAUAACGGUAGAUACACUGUGGAAAUGACUAAAAUCGGGGAGGCAAAGGUCAGCGCUACAUUUGACCUCGUUGUUUACGAUAUCAUCAUGAAUGCAUCCCUGCACACUGAUUCAGACGACUGCGUUGAGGGGGAAGCCAAGUUCUCCUUGUAUUACAGCACAAUGCGAGGGGAGGCCAAAGAGGUGCGCUGGUUUUUUAAUGGGCUCCAGGUAAUAAAUGCAUCUCAUUAUUCCAUCGCUGGACAGAAACUCACAAUAAACCAGCCCAGGAGGAGUGAUGCGGGUCGCUAUACUGUAUCACUAACCAACCCGUUCAGCAACGAGACGCUUUACAGGAACAUCACAGUGCUGUAUGGACCUGAUAGGCCGGUUCUCAAGGUCAGUCCCACAAAAGCAGUCUUUGUUUCGGGAGAGUCUCUGUUCCUCUCCUGUCAGGCCGAGGGUGAACCGGCCCCCUCCACAUCGUGGUUUCUCAAUGGAGAGUCUAUUGCAACGUCUGGAACUGGAACAGUCCAUCUCAGCAAUAUUAAGACGAGUCAAAGUGGCGUUUACACUUGCGUGAUGGUCAACGCCAGAACUAAGGCCACUCUUCAGAGAAACCUCACUGUAAUUAUCUAUGAGGCUCCCAGUGGCGGGCCGGCGUGUUCAGUCCAGGCCGUGAGUGGAGCAUCGCUGCAGUUCCUCUGUCUGUGGCCAGGAGGCGCUCCAGAAGCACAGCUGUCUUUCCCCGGCCUGAGCCAGAAUGCCAGUGGAUACGGCAAUUACAGCAUCACUAUCAAUGACACUCAGAGAUUACAUGGACAAGAAAUCAUCUGUAAAGCUGACCAUCCUCUGAAUCAGACGCACUGCCGUGUCAUUCCCCGUGCUCCUGUGGAUUUUCUGCCUGUAAUCUUAACCAGCAUGAGUGAAGAUGAACGGACGACGGUUGUGAUCCGCUGCUCUGCUGAUGCCACACCUCAAGCCCUUGUGCGCUGGAUCAAGAAUGGAGACCGCUUGCAAACUGGGUCCAAAUACCAGAUCAGUACAGACACAACUCAGCUGUUUAUUCACGAUUUUAAUGCCACUUCUUCAGACCUGGACACCUACACCUGCGCUGCCAUCAACCCUCUCGGAAACACAACCAUGGACACGACGCUGCUCGGCCCUCAAAUCUCAAAUUCAAGUGUUUUCCUGAGUGACGAUCAAACAGAAGUAACUCUAAUGUGGCAUGUUCCUCUCACCUCUGUGAUUACAGGUUUUGUUCUCCAGAUGAAGGGCCCAGAGCUCUCAAGCCCGUCUCAACCCAAACGCAACAUCAUGACAGACUUCCACACCGUCCGACUGAUGCCGGCCUCGGCCAGAAACACAACCGUCUCAGGAAUCGACCCAAAAUCCACUUACUACUUCAGGAUGAUCCCUAAAGCCGGCAGAAGCGCAGGAGAACCAUCAGAGCAGCUUCGGAUUGGACCAGCCGCUGGUCUCAGUGGAGCGUCCAUCGCUGGUUUCGCUGCUGGGAUCCCCUGUGCUGUUCUCCUCCUCCUUAUCCUGCUGGGCUUCCUCUACUGCGGGACACGCGAUCGAGGCCCCAGGUAUCCUGUGUCUAGAGCCGUAGAGAAGGUCGUGGUCUGUCGAUCUACUCUGAAGCCUCAGAAUCUGCUGAGAGGACGACUGAAAGCUCCUCCUGAGUACAGACUCCAGCAGCCUGAGCGAUCGGGUCCUUUGCCCUCGCUGAACCCGUGUGUGAGAAUGGCCACCACAGUGUGAAUCUGAGUGAGUUCACCCUUAACCUAUAGAGAGCCUAAGCCCCUCCCCUUCCGGUCGACCAUGGGACCUUAUUCUGGAAAA